AUGACGAGAUACACCAGUUCCCACUGCAAUCUGUAUCAAAAGGUUAUGGGGACAUACCUCUUCAGCAACGGAGCCAGUCGUAAGACGAUGGAAGCUUUAUCUCACGCCGGACUUUCAGUGUCAUACUCUACUGUCAUGAGGAUAUUGCGACAACUAACUGUAAACGCAUUGGCCGAUGUCCGAGCUGUAGCCGCAAACAAAAGCUGGUACAUUGUGUAUGAUAAUUUGAACUUUCGCCGAGUUAAGCAUGACCAGAGGUUAGACAACAGGGACUAUUUUGUAAGCGGCACCACAGCCACCCUUAUCCAGUGUGAUCCUACUAAUGGCGCGUUCAACCAAGGCUCAUAUGAACGGCUCUGCUUUAAGGACUUGAUUAUCAGUCGAGAUAAUGAUGCCCACUUUCAGGAGGUAGCUACUUAUCAUCUCAUCAAUGUGCUUAAGAGGCAUUACGAGGCAUUCAAGAGUCUCCAAAACGAUGCUCCAGUCAAGAACUUACUUCCGGCCAAAAAAUCCGAGACGUUUCCCUUGCCUUCGAUGGAUAUCAAUGAGUCAACUACGGAGGGUAACAAGGAUGUUAUUAACACAGUCAUCAACAACACCCUCCAACUUCCAAGAGAAUGGUUCAACAGCAAAAGACAUAUAGUGGUCGCAGGAGAUCAACUCACAAUCAAAAACAUUCGAUCUCUGUUGAAGUAUCGUCGGGACCACUAA